AUCGAAUAUAACAGCUGAUUUAUUGUUUUGUAAUAUUGCAGGCGGCUGCAAACGAUUGAAAAGUUGAAGCUCUAACAGAAAACCAAUCGAACCCGCCAGUGACAGCGACCGCGAAAGUUGGAAAACGAAAGCACGCCGAAAUCUAGAGAACCGGCUAGGCGAAAACACUGCCAAUCACCAGAAAGAUGAGUUUCCCGGACAAAGCGGAGCGCACCAAGUGCUGGAGCAACCGAGAUGAGUACUGGAAGUGUCUGGACGAGCAUGCUCCAAAGCACAGCUCCACCAGCGGGGAAAAAGUACCCUCCGCCUGUCAGAACCUCCGCAAGUUAUUUGAGCAAUCCUGUCCUGGUCAGUGGGUCAAGCAUUUUGAUCGCAAGCGAACCUAUGAGCAGUUUAAGGAGAAGAUGGCCCAGGGCUAUGAUCCCCUCGAGGAGCGUACUAAGGGCGAGAAGCAGACCAAGUGAUCCUGAUCCGGUCCAGGAUUGCAGGAGCACCCGGAGGUAUUCAGUCAUCAUCGGUGUUUUUGUACUGUUGUAGGGUAGUGUAAAUAAAAAACCCAUCUAGCUAUAUGACUACAAA